AUGACUGACGCGAAAAGCAUAUCAUCCAUGGAGGCGUCAGAGGGCAAGUUAGUUAAGAAGGGAUCCAUAAAGAAGAAGAUUGAAUCAUUAAGGCGAUGGAGUUCAGCUAGCAUAAAAAGGGCUCCAAAGCCUAAGGCCAAGACCUCGAGUUUAUCGUCCCCCGUGGGAGAGCCCGGUGACGUCUGGCUGCAAGACGGAGACAGGAGAAAGCUGCGACCCAUCCUUGACUCAGUUUUCGGACAGGGGGAGUUGCCCAUAGAACGAAGCAGCGCCCCAUUGGCUGCCGCCAUGCUGGGGGGCCUGGGUGGUGCAGGUGAGGUGGACACGGAUGACGAGGAUGAGGGAGGGAGCGAGCGGGACUUUGAUGAGCCCCUGUGCGCUCUGGUUAAGAACUGCAACAUGCUGCACAACUUAGUGGGGCCUGCGUGUAUCUUCCUCAGACAGGGCUUUGCACAGAGCCAGCUUGACAGAGAUCUACGACCAGAGGAAAUGGAAGAGCUGCGUGAGGCCUUCAGGGAGUUUGACAAAGACAAGGAUGGCUUCAUCAGCUGUAAGGACCUGGGCGAGUGCAUGAGGACUAUGGGAUACAUGCCGACGGAGAUGGAAUUGAUAGAACUCAGCCAGCAGAUCUGUGGCGGCAAAGUGGAUUUUGAGGACUUUGUUGAACUGAUGGGUCCCAAGAUGCUCGCUGAGACUGCAGAUAUGAUUGGAGUCAAGGAGCUGAGAGAUGCCUUCAAAGAGUUUGACUCUGAUGGUGAUGGUCAGAUCAGCCUUGGAGAGCUGAGGGAAGCCAUGAAGAAGCUAAUGGGGGAGCAGCUGACCCACCGCGAGAUAGACGAGAUCCUGCGAGACGUUGACCUCAAUGGGGAUGGAGAGGUGGACUUUGAAGAGUUUGUGCGAAUGAUGUCUCGCUGACUCUUCACCAAACCUCACUCAACUGCAUAAACACAACAUGGACCAGACUGCACACUGUUCUUGUAAUUCUUCUUGAUGUACAAAGAUUUAUUAGGGUUUGUAGUUUUCAGUUUUAUGUUACUUCCACCAUUUCUCAAGUAUAAGAGAACCCCUUUAAUGUGGUACUGUUGUGUGAAUGUAUUUAACAUGUAAUGAGAGAUUAUAGAGUGAAGACUCAGCAAGGGGACGGUUCAACCAAAGCUUCUCUUUAGAGGUGAAUUUACACUAAAUAUUUGUACUGAGAAUCCCAAACCAGCAACAAGUGUGUGUGUGU